CCCAUCCUCCUCAUCAUGUCGUCCCUGUCCUCCUCUCCCGGGGACCCGUACGACGAGAGGGAUUACGAGAGCCAGGCCAAGCGCCUCAAGACGGAGGAGGGGGAGAUCGACUUCUCGGCCGAGGAGGGCGACGGGCGCCGGGACCAGGCCGGGCGCGAUGGCGGCGGCGGACCCGGCGGCGGCGGCAGGACCUUCCCUCCCUCGGAGUCUGGUGGAAGUCAUCACAAAGUUUCCGUUUCUCCAGUCGUCCACGUCCGAGGACUCUGCGAAUCAGUUGUGGAAGCUGACCUUGUGGAGGCUCUUGAAAAAUUUGGAACGAUAUGCUAUGUAAUGAUGAUGCCAUUUAAACGCCAGGCUCUAGUGGAAUUUGAAAACAUAGAUAGUGCCAAAGAAUGUGUGACCUUUGCUGCGGAUGAGCCGGUCUAUAUCGCUGGUCAGCAGGCGUUUUUCAACUAUUCUACAAGCAAAAGGAUUACAAGACCGGGAAAUACUGAUGAUCCGUCUGGCGGCAACAAAGUUCUUCUGCUGUCCAUUCAGAAUCCUCUCUAUCCAAUUACCGUGGAUGUUCUAUAUACCGUGUGCAACCCUGUUGGGAAAGUACAGCGAAUUGUUAUAUUCAAGAGAAAUGGAAUACAAGCUAUGGUUGAGUUCGAAUCAGUUCUUUGUGCCCAGAAAGCUAAGGCAGCACUCAAUGGAGCAGAUAUAUAUGCUGGAUGUUGCACACUAAAAAUUGAAUAUGCACGGCCGACUCGCCUCAAUGUCAUUCGGAAUGACAAUGACAGUUGGGACUACACUAAACCGUACUUGGGCAGACGAGAUAGAGGAAAGGGUCGCCAGAGGCAGGCGAUUUUGGGAGAGCACCCUUCAUCCUUUAGACAUGAUGGCUAUGGAUCCCAUGGCCCACUAUUGCCCUUACCGAGCCGUUACCGAAUGGGCUCUCGAGAUACACCUGAGCUUGUUGCCUAUCCACUCCCCCAGGCCUCCUCCUCCUACAUGCAUGGGGGAAACCCCUCUGGCUCAGUGGUUAUGGUUAGUGGGCUGCAUCAACUAAAGAUGAACUGCUCAAGGGUCUUCAACUUGUUCUGCUUAUAUGGAAAUAUCGAAAAGGUCAAAUUUAUGAAGACCAUUCCUGGUACCGCACUGGUAGAAAUGGGGGAUGAAUAUGCUGUAGAAAGAGCUGUCACCCACCUCAAUAAUGUUAAAUUAUUUGGAAAAAGACUCAAUGUUUGUGUGUCUAAGCAGCACUCUGUUGUUCCAAGUCAAAUAUUUGAGCUGGAGGAUGGUACGAGUAGCUACAAGGAUUUUGCCAUGAGCAAGAAUAAUCGCUUUACAAGUGCUGGCCAAGCGUCCAAGAAUAUCAUCCAGCCACCCUCUUGCGUGCUGCAUUAUUAUAACGUUCCAUUGUGUGUGACGGAAGAGACCUUCACAAAGUUGUGUAGUGACCAUGAGGUUCUCACAUUUAUCAAAUACAAAGUGUUUGAUGCAAAACCUUCAGCCAAAACACUUUCCGGGCUGCUGGAGUGGGAGUGCAAGACGGAUGCUGUAGAAGCCCUAACUGCACUCAAUCACUACCAGAUAAGAGUUCCAAAUGGUUCCAACCCCUACACGUUGAAGCUUUGUUUCUCUACUUCAUCCCAUUUAUAAAGAGAGAAGAAGGUAACAUGAUAGGAACCACGUUCAGCUUUCUUUUGCAGUUUCAAAAAGUAGAUGUCACCAUCUCAAGUGGUUGAUCUGAUGUUGCCUUGCUCACUUUGAUUUAAGAUUUGUAUCUCGUUGAAAAAUAAACAGGUUUUUUUUGCCUCAAGUAGAUUUUGAUGUAAGCUUAAGUAUUAAAUUGUUUUCAUUAAAAUAGAAUAACUACACGUGUAGAGUAUCUACAAUCCCUUUGUAGAUUAUGCAAUUAUAUACACUGUUUCUAAUCUUAUCACUAUGGUUGUUUUGUUCCACAAUUGAAAAUAUAUUUGCAUUCUAAAUAUUAAAGAUCUGCAAGUAUGUUUCCUUUGCGAUUGAAAUUAAUUUGCAGGUGGAAGUAUUGCAUCUUAAUAUGGUAGAAUUCCUGUUAUACGUUUAGGUAUUUAACUAUGUUGGAUUUAUCCAUGAUAAACAUAACUUGUAUUUAUAAAGUGCGUUUAAUCAGGUUUCAGGAUAACCUUGCACAUGAUGAAUUGAAGUACUGCAGACUUGGUCGAUUUUAUAUUUCCAAAAAGGUUAACAGACACGUGGGUACAAUUUGUACAGUGUGCUCUCAAACUUAUUUAAAUUGGUGGUGGUUUUUUUGUUGCUGUUGUUUUGUUGUUGUUUUUUUUUUUUUGAAACCAUUGUUCAUUUGUAUUGACGUGCUAGUUCAUUUGUAUUGACAUCUGUUGCUAGUCCCAGUUUGGGGGUUUUAUAAUUAAAGUUUCAACAUUGA